AUGUACGAAACAUAUGGUUCAUCCUCAAAAACUGAUAAACCACAUGCUAUGUGUAUCCCAUGUCCAGCCCAAGGCCAUAUCAACCCUAUGCUAAGCUUGGCUAACCUUCUACAUCAUAGAGGUUUCCACAUAACUUUCGUUAACACCGAGUACAAUCAUAGGCGUCUGCUCAGAUCGAGAGGCCCUGACUCACUUGAUGACUUGCUAGAUUUUCAAUUCCGAACCAUCACCAAUGACCUUCCGUUCUCCAAUGUCAAUUCUACCCAAGAUGUUCCUUCCCUUUGUGAAUCCACAUCCAAGAAUUGUUUAGCUCCGUUCUGUGAUCUUGUUUUUCUGUUUAACUCAGCUGCUGACGUUUCGCCUGUUAGCUGCAUCGUUGGAGAUGUUGUUAUGUCCUCUAUGUUGGUUGCCAAUAAAUUUAAAAUCUCUUAUGCUUUGUUUUGGACUGCUAGUGCUUGUAGCUACUUGGGUUAUAUGCGUUGUCUUGAGUUUAUUAAGCAUGGUUUGGUACCACUCAAAGGUAUGAUUUAA